AACCAGAAUAUAAAACUCAAAACCCUAUAAGAAAAUCACUAAAUGCUGCAACUGUUUUCGUUUGAACAUGGAGUAUUAGUUAAGUGAAAUCCCCAUUUGUUUAUUCUAGGUGCAAAAACGAUUUGCCAACAAACUUAUACCUUCUUCUUAGUCCUUCACUUCUUCCCCUUUCUCUUCUCCUAUCACUGUUUCUUUGUCUCCACUUCUUCUCAGACCAGAAUCCGAAAGCUCUCUCUCAACUACCACCACUGCCACACCCUUUCACUUUCUUUGGAUUUUAAAUGCAAUGUCGGAACUCAAGAGACCCUCAAAGAACAGAGGCUUCUAUGUGAGGAUGAAGCUCCUGCAAAAAAAUGGAUUCAAGCCUCAACAAGACAGCAGAACAUGCUGCUUCUACUCAUAUUACAAAUGGAUUCUCUGGCUUUCUCUUUCCCUCUAUUUCUUCACCUCAUUUCUCAUCAGCAACGACCCCAACAACACCCCACCACCAAUCUCAAACUCCAAAUCCAGCGUUGUUCCCUCUCGUACCCUUUUCGAAUCCACCAACACUUCAGGGGUGCUGAACGAUUUGAAGGUCUUCAUCUACGAUCUCCCUUCCAAAUACAACACCGAUUGGCUCGUGAAUGAGAGAUGCAGAACGCAUUUAUUCGCCUCAGAGGUUGCCAUUCACAGAGCAUUGUUGACGAGCAAUGUUCGAACGCUCGACCCACAUGAAGCUGAUUUCUUCUUCGUCCCCGUCUACGUUUCCUGCAACUUCAGCACCGUCAAUGGCUUCCCGGCGAUCGGUCACGCACGCUCGCUCAUCAACUCCGCGGUUCAGCUCAUCUCCGGCGAGCACCCGUUCUGGAACAGAAGCAGAGGCUCCGACCACGUCUUUGUUGCUUCCCAUGACUUCGGAGCAUGCUUCCACACCAUGGAGCAUGUGGCGAUGGCUGAUGGGAUUCCAGAAAUGUUGAAGAACUCGAUUGUGUUGCAGACGUUCGGCGUUGUUCACCAGCAUCCGUGUCAGGACGUUGAGAAUGUGGUGAUUCCACCUUACGUUUCGCCGGAAAGUGUGAGCAGAACGCUGGAGAAAGCUCCGGUGAAUGGCCGGCGAGACAUUUUGGCGUUUUUCCGGGGGAAAAUGGAGGUUCAUCCUAAGAAUAUUAGUGGACGAUUUUACAGCAAGCAAGUGCGGACGACUAUAUGGCGAAGGUUCAACAAUGACUGGCGGUUUUACCUGCGAAGGCAGAGGUUUGCCGGUUACCAGAUGGAAAUCGCGCGGUCAGUUUUCUGUUUGUGUCCGCUAGGGUGGGCCCCGUGGAGUCCUCGACUGGUUGAGUCAGUUGCAUUGGGGUGCAUACCGGUGAUCAUCGCAGAUGGUAUCCGGUUACCGUUCUCCUCCGCGGUGCGGUGGCCGGAGAUAUCACUAACAGUGGCGGAGAAAGAUGUUGGGAGGCUAGACCGGAUCCUGGAGCGCGUGGUUGCCACGAACCUCAGCGUGAUUCAAUGGAACCUGUGGGACCCGAAGACAAGGCAAGCGUUACUUUUCAACAAUGAAGUCCAGGUUGGCGAUGCCACAUGGCAGGUCUUGUUGAGUCUGAGUCAGAAGCUCGGUAGGUCCCACCGGAGGUCCAUUAAUACGGUUUCUGGCGAAUUGAAGAGCGACACGUGAUGGGUUGUGAUUGGAGGAGAAGUUUGGUUCCAGCGUGGAUUUGGUGUUAUUGCAUGGGGAGCAAUAAUGAAUGUGGAUGACAGCUGCAACUUUCUUUGGCUUUAUCGAUCAAGGAAUCUGGUAAAGACAUGGUGGGGCCCGUGCGGGAACAUGGAAUGGAAGAGUAGAUCAAUUUAUUUAAGAUUUGGUUCCAGUGUUCUUGAUGAGAUGCCCAGCAUUUAUUCGAUUUUUUUCUUAAUUUUUUUGUAAAAUCAUUUUUUGCUGUAUAUAAAUUAGUACUACUAGAAUUAAGAUUUUCUUA